CUCACACUUCGUUGUCGUCUUUUUUCUUUGGAGCUUUUAAUUGUGUGUUCCCAAAUUCCAAUUAUUCUUUUGAAUGUUCAAACCAUGGAGUAGACUUUGUCCUUUGUGUACUAUUGGAGUCUUCUCUUUAAGUUUCUCUGUGGCGAAGCAGGAUGCUUCCUUGUUGUUUCCAUUACCCUUUUGCCCGUUCGUUGGUCUUUUUUGGUUAAAACUCGAGAUACCCAAGGUGAGUCUUUGAACUUUUGUUUUCUGGUUUUGGUUGAUAUGCUCUUAUAUUGAUCUGAGUUUAAGUCAAGUAGUCAACUUUCAGCUGGUUUGCUUAAGUUUCUCUGUGGUGAGGUUUAUAUGUUUUUUGAAUUUGGUUUAAAGGUUUGAAGAAACAUGGUCUAGUGAAUUUGGCAUUUAGUAUCUUCUGUUCAAGCCUGUGAAUUGCUCUAAUUCACCGUUUCAGUUUCGAUUCAAGUGGUUUCUUCAUGAUCAUGGUGUUGCAUAGCCGAGUUUUCGCCCUCCUUGUCAGCGUUUUCGUUUUGUUGUUACUCGGCUGUAGUUUGAGCUCUGCUACUGAGGAUGAUAUUAAUUGUUUGAAGAGCAUCAAAGCUUCGCUUGAGGACACUCUGGGCUACUUAAAUUCUUCUUGGAAUUUCGACAACAAUACCGAAGGAUAUAUUUGUCGGUUCACCGGGAUCGAUUGUUGGCACCCGGAUGAGAAUCGGGUUCUUAAUAUCAAGCUUUCGGAUAUGGGACUCAAGGGUGAGUUCCCUCGAGGAAUUGUGAAGUGCAAGAGUAUGACAGGCUUAGAUCUUUCGAGCAAUAGGCUUUAUGGAAGCAUUCCGCCUAAUAUCUCCACCCUUAUCCCGUUUGUCACCACCCUUGAUCUCUCAUCUAAUAAUUUCUCUGGAGUUAUCCCGAGAAACCUCUCAAACUGCAGCUUCAUAAACAUAUUGAACCUUGACCAUAACAAUUUGACGGGGCAGAUUCCUCCAGAACUCACCUUGCUCAGUAGGUUGAAAACCUUUAGUGUGGCUGAUAAUCGCUUGACAGGCCCAAUUCCUGUUUUUCUUCGUUUCUCGUUACCGGCUGAAAGUGUUGCAAGUAAUCCUGGACUGUGCGGGAAGCCUUUGGAUCCAUGUGUGGCGACCGUGAAGAACACAAAGACUGGAAUGAUUGUUGGAGCUGCUGUUGGUGGGGUGUCAAUUGCUGCGAUUGGUGUGUUCAUCGGUCUCUUCUUCUAUCAGCGCAGAUAUUCUGCCAUGAGGAAGAAGGAUGAUGAUCCAGAUGGAAACAAAUGGACCAAGAGCUUAAAGGGAGUUAAAGGCAUCCAGGUCUCCAUGUUUGAAAAAGUGGUUGCCAGAAUGAGAUUAAGCGACCUUAUGAAGGCGACAAACAGUUUCCACAAGAAUAAUAUCAUCAGUUCAGGAAGAACAGGGACGAUGUACAUUGGAGUCCUUGAAGAUGGCACCUCUCUAAUGAUUAAGAGAUUACAGAAUUCUCAACACUCGGACAAAGAAUUCUCGUCUGAGAUGGCUACUCUAGGAAGUGUGAAACACCGUAACUUAGUUCCCCUUUUAGGUUUCUGUGUGGCGAAGAAGGAGAGGCUUUUAGUUUACAGAUUCAUGGCAAAUGGUACUCUCCAUGAUAGCUUGCAUCCCGAGGAUGAUGCUAACAGGACGUUGGAGUGGUCCUUGAGCCUUAAAAUUGGUAUAGGGGCUGCCAAAGGAUUUGCAUGGCUCCACCACAACUGCAAUCCUCGCAUACUUCAUCGAAACAUAAGCUCCAAGUGUAUCUUACUAGAUGCAGAUUUUGAGCCUAAAAUAUCCGAUUUCGGUCUUGCUAGACUCAUGAACCCUGUUGAUACACAUCUGAGCACCUUUGUGAAUGGCGAGUUUGGGGAUUUAGGUUAUGUUGCCCCUGAAUACGCCAGAACUCUCGUGGCCACCCCAAAAGGAGAUGUCUACAGCUUCGGAGUUGUCCUUCUUGAGUUGGUCACCGGUGAAAGACCUACCCAUGUAGCCAAAGCUCCUGAUGGCUUCAAGGGAAGUCUGGUAGAAUGGAUUACACAGUUAUCUACUGAUGGAAAACUUCAAGAUGCUAUCGACACAUCCUUGGUUGGGAAGGGUGUCGAUAACGAAGUUUUCCAGUUUCUUAAAGUUGCUUGUAACUGUGUAUUGCCACCUCCCAAGGAGAGGCCUACUAUGUUUGAAGUAUACCAGCUUAUAAGAGCCAUCGGGCAACGAUACAAUUUUACCACCGACGACGAAAUUUUGAUGCCUUCAGAUUCCGGUAACGUUGACUAUUUAGAGGAACUUAUCGUUGCUCAAUAGAUCAACGAGAACAAGCGAAGAGAUAUGGGGCGCUAUGAGUGUCGAUAAAGGGUUAUAGUUUCUAAGCAUCUACAUUAGGGAUCUGUGUCUUUUGUUUGGUUGUAGAACACUUGAUCAGUGUCAUGGUGGAAAAAUCUUAGGUUGGUUAGCAUGGGUCUUAUCUCCUGAGGCUUUCACCCUUAAGUUGUAUUGUAUGUAGAAUAUGAUUAGUUCACACCAAGGCAAAGCCACAUUGUAAAGUAUUAUCGAUUUUAUUUGCGGAUUCUUGUUUUCCUUAA